CCACCACGGCUCCCCAGAGCGGCUUUACCCACCAAGAAAGUGCUAGGCGCUCACGAGGCAGGGGCCUUGGCCUACGCAGGUGUGGAUCAGGGCAGGCUGCCUAGAGGAAGGAGCCCUAGAGCUGCCCAGAGCAUGGAGGCAAAGGCAGAAGGCGGCAGACUGAGUUCAGGGUCUGCCCCGCUUUCUGUGAGGCCUGUCUCUGACUGCCUUGGUUUCUCCCUCUGCCCCCUGCCCCCCCCCCACCCCCUGAUACCCGGAAUCCCGACCAGUGGGCGGGCCACAGCCUGGAACCCGCUGCCCACAGUAACCAGGCAAACAGAACUCGGCAGGACUGAGCCUGCUCUCCGGGUGGGCUGCCUGUGCUCCCACCUGCUGCCCCCCCGGCCUGCCCAGGCUGGCGCCCCUGCCUCCCCAUGCAGCACCCCAAACCCUUCUAUGCGCCUUCAGCUCCCCAAGAAGGCUUCAGCCCCCGGGGCCUGGAUGGCACCGAGGGGUCAGGCAGCCAGCCUGCUCCCGCCUGCACGGAGCCGCUUCCUGCUGUGGGCUCCUCCAACCUCUAUCAGCCCCCAAACCCGGAGAAAGAGGUGUUUCCAGGCCCUCCGGCAGGUUUCCAGAUGGCACCCUGCGGGUGCUUCUUUGACCCCCGCAUCUACCGAAUCGAGUGGGCCACCACCGACUUCGGCCAGUCGUCCCUGUACAAGCUGACGGCAGUGGGUGGUGGGGGAACCCCUGGGGGUCCGGCUGGGGGUCCCGCCUCUCCAGGCACCUACCUCCUAGAGCCCCAGCACUACCUCAAGGCCCCCGUGCCGGCCCCACCGCCCCCGCCAUACCCACACUACCAGCCGCUGCCUGGGGGCCCCCAGUACCUCAUGCCCUACUUCCCCCCCGAGGGGCCUGGGCCAGAGGCUCUGGGCUUUGUGGGUGACGGGGGGCCCCCCGCCUACAUGGAACUGCCCCCGCCCCUGCUCAAGGAAGGCCUGGGGCCAGCCGCGCCGCCACCCCCGGCCCCGCCCCCACCCCCUGUGCCCAAGGAGAACAAGCUGCCUCCCCUGCUCAUCACGUUCCCCACCGAGGCCGUGUUGCCCCCUGGCGCCUAUGGCCACCUCAAGGGCCGCCUCAGUCAGUUCCACGGGCCCAGCGAGCCGCUGGCCUCCCCCUCCAAGGAGCAGCCGGGUGGUGGCACUGGGCCGGCCCUACUGUACCCGCCUGGCCCCGGGGAGCCCAAGGUGGCGGAGGCGGAGGCCGCCCCCCUGGGGGCAGGCGAGGCCAGGACCCCCGAGGCAGCCAGGGCCUUCGUGCUGCCCGAGAAGGUGCUUCUGGAAGACGCCAUGAAGCUCUUCGACUGCUUGCCGGGCAACGCUGAGCCUGAUGGGUCCCCACGCAAGGCCCCCGGGCCAGCCCUGCCGGACAGCGGGGGCGGCGGGGACGACUCAUCCAGCGACAUCCGCUCGCUGCACCUGCCGGACGAACUGCUGUCCUUUGACUACAGUGUGCCCGAGAUCCUGGACACCGUGUCUAAUGUGGACUACUUCUUCAACUUCAAGGCCUUGGAUGAGGAGCCACCACCCCGCCCGGGGCCCCCCGUCGCCAACACCGCGGCCCCCGCGGCACGACCCGAGCUGCCUGGCAAGAGGAAGGCCGGCGCCUCGUCCGCCAGAAAGGGCAGGCAGGGGGGCAAGGGCAAGCAGGCUGCGGGCCCGGCCAGCGUCGCCCCGUCGGGGCCCAGGCAGGACCUGGGAGCCGCCCCCCAUUAAAAUGGAUUUGACCGCUCAGC